GUAGGCAAAUUUUUUGUGUUGCAGCGAGAGAUUUUUUUUUUUUUUUAAAGCAGCAACUCGCUUUUUUUUGGGUCCCUCCAAUGUGCCGAACGGCUGCUGCACAAAGAUCCCAGGUCAGUUUUCAGUCACCACUAGGGGCGGCAGUUGUCUUUAGCCGGCGACCACUCUGCAAAGUCCAUCCCUUUAGAAAGGAAAGCGUACUGGGAGAAGUACCUACCUCUGGUCAGUGUGCAGCUGCCCCACUCCUACUCUCUGGCGGCGUCUCUUCUGGAGCGGAACGCGUCGGACGUUAGCGCCGUGCAGGAAUGGGAGGCGGAGUGGAAGAGCCAAGGACUGGCAUCCCGCUUGUCUGCUGAGGAGUACCGCAGCAGGAAACGUCAGCGUUUGCAGAAGAGGAUACAGGAUCAGCUUCGUCAGUGUAGCCAGAGGCUGUCCGAGUCCAACACGCAGGCCUCGGCCACGCAGGAUCUGGUGGACAUGCUCAAAGCCUUCACCGUGGAGGGAGGAGCCGACCAGAACAAAGGGUCAAGGUUCACCCACGCCCAGAAAUUCACUCACCAGCAGGAUCCUCAAGUAUUAAACGAGCAAAUGCAAAGAGCCACUGAAAGCCUCUCCAGAAGAGACGCACAGGAUGCAGAUGCCGAGCAGCAAGAACUGACAUCUCUACAGCAGCAGAUUGAACUCGUAGAGCAGGAGAUCAAAGGGCUGACAGAGAGCGCCAAACUCCUCCAGCUCACCCUCACUCAGGUGGAGGAGGAGACGAGUACGAUGCACGAUCGCUGUGAAGAGAAGGAGGACGUGGUCAGAGUAAAGAAGAGAGCGGUGGAAUUAUUGCCCGACGCAGACAACAAUCUUGCCAAGUUGCAGGCCAUGGUAGACGGCAGCACUCAGCGGCUGGUGAACCUUGCUGGUCAGGGGAAUGCCAUCGGGUUUCGGCUGGUGGAAAGAGUACAGAGAGCUGAGGAGGGUUCACCAAAAGAAGGAGGACGAGUCUUCUCGUUGGAUGAAAGACGUCAAAGAUUUAUAUGACAAAAUCCGAGCCGCCGCUGAUGAGGCCAAGCGCAAAGAAGAGCUAUACAAGCAGCUGGUGUCUGAGUACGAAUCCCUUCCUAAGGAGGUCUCCCGAGCCGCCUACACCCAGCGCAUCUUGGAGAUUGUCAGCAAUAUUAAGAAGCAAAAGGAGGAAAUCACCAAGAUCCUUUCAGACACUAAAGAACUGCAAAAGGAAAUAAACAGUUUAACAGGAAAAGUGGACCGGACGUUUGUGGUCACCGACGAGCUCGUGUUUAAGGAUGCCAAGAAGGAUGAACCAGUCCGAAAGGCCUACAAAUAUCUGGCUGCCUUACACGAGAAUUGUGGUCAGCUCAUUCAGACCAUCGAGGACACGGGGACUAUCCUGAGGGAGGUCCGAGACUUGGAGGAGCAGAUAGAAACGGAGACGGCUAAGAAGACGCUGAGUAAUCUGCAGAAGAUCCUGGAAGAUUACAAGGCCAUCAAACAGGAGAAUUCUUCGUUGCUGGGUCGCGUGAGGGAGGCCGAGAGCGCUUGA